GCCCAUUUGAAAAGCAUUUUUGCUAAAACUAAAAACGCGACACUGUGCACGUGAGAUUCGUCCUUGCUUCCGUCCCGCACCCGACAUCGACGAACAGACCCUCCGGCCAACCGUUUCUGCAACCCCCGACGGUCGCUCACCAGGACGAGAACUGCUCAUUAGAAACCUCUUGAAUAGGAAGUUCCUUCGUUUUGGGUUUAUUACUAUUUCCAAUUCGUUCAUUUCUUGAGUUAGAGGAGCAAAAGUAGAGCCAUGGAAACCUCCAAAGAAUCAGAAGCACAUGUUUUUCUUGAUCGCACCACUCGACCAACGAGAGGAAAGAGAAUGACCAAGUUGCUCGACGAGGAAGUUGAGGAGGAUGAGUUGUUCUGGAACCAGGAGGCUCUUAAAGAGGAAGAGGAUGAUGUUAAUUAUGAAGCAGAGGCAGAGGUUGCUGAUGAGUUUGAUAGCGACUUUGAUGAAGAUGAGCCCGAGCAAGAAGCAGCAGAAAAUGAUGCCGAGGACAGGACGCGUACAAAGAAGAGACUGAUAUUCCCAGGGAAGCCUGUGGCGAAGAAGAAAAAGAAAAAGAAAGACCUUUCAAAGUUAGAGGCUGAUCCUAAGGAUGAAAAACAAACUCAAAAGUCUAUUACGCCUGAACACCACGAUGUCCAUGAAGGAGAGAGAACGGUGAGGAAAUCUACAAGAACUUCGGUCAUUGUUAGGCAAGCUGAGAGAGAUGCAAUACGUGCAGCUUUGCAAGCAACAAUGAAGCCAAUAAAAAGGAAAAAGGAAGGUGAGGAGAAGAGGAUGACCCAAGAAGAGAUGCUUUUGGAAGCAGCUCAGACAGAAAUCAUGAACUUGAGGAACUUGGAGCGUGUUUUGGCAAGGGAGGAAGAAGUUAAGAAAAGAGCAAUUGUGCAUAAAGCUGUGUACAGUGGUCCUCAAAUACGUUAUUUUUCGAAAGAUGGUUCUUCAUAUUUAGAAUUCAGUAAAGGAUGUACAUUUCAGUCAGAGAUUUCUACAACGUCUGUUCCAAAUCCAGAAAAGGCUGUAUGUGCUGUUACUGGUUUGCCAGCCAGGUACCGUGAUCCAAAGACAGGGCUACCUUAUGCAACAAAAGAAGCUUUUAAAAUAAUUCGUGAACGUUUUUCUAACGAAGAGAGUGGGGUCCAAAAGGAAAUGGACAUGGGAGAUUUAUUCGAUUCGCUAACUGGAACAGGAUUUUCAGCUAAGCGGAUGAGAUCAGUGACGUCAAAUAAAAGUGAAGUGUCAUAUUCUCGAUACUCGGCUCGUUUUCGUAGAAUUCCUGCUCUUGAAAGUGAUAUUGACGAAGAUGAUGACUGAAACUUGGAAAUUUGACAUUUGACAUUUCAAUUAGUUAUAAAAUUAACUUGUUUAGGUGAUUGCUCUUAUUUUCUUUGAAGUUGUUUUUAUAUUUUAAAAUUGUAGUUCCAUAGUUUUAUAGUUACUAAUAUGGAGGAAAAAGGAGAUGGCAUUUGAAUAUUCGAGUAGUUGAUUGUAGUUAUUGUGCAAGUAUAAGGGUGGUUGAUUGGAGAUUAAACAGGAAGAUUGGUGGCCCUGCUAGAACGAUGUUAGCUUGAUACUCGACUAUUCUCUCCAAGUUGAAAAUGUUUGCUACCACCAGGCGGCAGGCACCAAGGGGCUCGCUCCUUUUGCUUGUUGGUGGGCUUCCAAGCCGUGGGCAGUCAAGGAGGUUCUACAAGUCUUGCCGGACAUCUUCGAGGAAAUAAUUAGGUUCCUGAAUAUGUUGAAGUUGAUGAGGAAGAAGGCACUUCAAUUGGUUGUGAACUCCGAGAGGGCAGUAACUCAGAGUCGAAGACAAUUCGUGGCUCGGUAACUGUGUUUGUGUGUUGUCAACGACUCUUAGAAUUUUUGUGCAUUGGCAAAGUUGUGGUUCGGCCAGCCUUUUUUAUUAAUUUUUAAUCUUAGUUUGUAGUUUUAAUUUUUAA